AUGGCUGAGAAAACACCAACCAUUACUGGUGCAAGCGGAUUGCACCGAAUCCCAUCCCUCCAGGGAACUGAGAAUUACAACACAUGGCGUAUACAGAUGGAAGAUAUACUUACCAAUCUCAAUCUGUAUAGCUAUGUAGACGGCACAAAUGAAAGACCCAAACCUAAGAUAAAAAUCAGGGUUACUGGUUGCAAAGAUGACAAUGGAAACAACUUACCCAACCUUGAAGUAGGCAAUGAUGACUCCGCAUACACGGAAUGGAUCAAAGCCAAUCGUAAAGCACUGUCAAAUAUUAGACCAAGAGUCAAAGGGAACGUACUUACACACAUACAAUCAUGUAAGUACUCCGCCGACGCUUGGAAUCUCUUGGCAGCAACAUUUCAAGUUAAGGGUACUGUUGGACUAAUUGACUUACAAAGAAAGUUCUUCAGCCACAGGAUGUUGGACAGCAAAGACAUUGAGGAACACAUACAACAUAUGCGUAGAUGGUUCCAACAAAUCAAUGACAUUGCACCAAACUUGUGCACUGAAGCCAAUUGGAUAACCACGUUAGUAGCAAGCCUACCUGACUCAUGGGACAUGUUCACCCAGUCUGUAAGCUUUGAAUUCAACACUGAAGACAAGAAUAAAUUAGCCAAUCAAGUGAGUGACCUACGCUCACGUAUUAUGGCCAAAGCACACCAAAGAAAUACCCAACAACCUGACGGUAAGACUUUCUUUGCUACAAAUAAACCAAGCUUCAAUAAAUUUGUAUGUACCAAUAUGAGUAAUAAAGGCCCAGAUAAGUCUAAAUCAAAAUGCAAUAACUGCAGAAAGAUUGGACACUGGGCAGCCAAAUGCCAAAGUCCAGGUGGAGGCGCAUUCAAGCCCAACCAUUCAAAUAAAGGCGGUCAACCAAACAGAAGAUUCAACACACCAGGAAAAGCUAGGAAUGGCAAUGCCUGCACGCAUAUAGCCAUAGCUAAUAACUCCAAACAUAAAGAAUAUGUGUUCUUGACUCUUGAGGACAAAAUAAGCCUGAUAGGCAAGACCCCUGACACCUGGAUAGCGGAUAGCGGCACUACUACUCACAUAGCAAUUGAUUGGAAUGCAUUCUCCAAUUAUACCAAGUCAUCCAGCUACGUUGCCGGAGUCACUGGCAAAGAGCCAAUAAUGGGCCGCAGCACUGUAGAGCUAUUGUGCUUAAAUAGUACAGAGAAGAACAAAUACACAAAGAUUAAGCUUACCAAUGUAGCUCACAUGCCAAGUUUGCCUGCAAACCUAAUCAGCUUAUCAUUAGUAACUGAUAAAGGCACUAGAAUUCUGAUGGAUCAGAAUGAAUUGCAAAUACUAGAUAAAAACAAUAGACCAAUCAUUAUUGGAUCAAAGUUGAAAAAUUGCAAACAAGGAAACCUUUGGAAGAUCAGCGUGAAACCUGUAAAUAAUUGCAAUCAGAAGCUUGAGAACAAUAAACUUACUGAAAUAGUACUGACCAAACAAACCAGACGCACAUGGUUUGAAUGGCACAAGGUACUUGGGCGCAUUGGCCCGCAAGCACUCCAACAACUAAAAUUCAACAAAGCAAUUAGCGGAAUGGAGGUAAUAGAAGACAAUAUUGGACUCAACUUUGAAUGCAACGUAUGUAUGCAGUCAAAGGCACACACCCAACUGUUUCCAAAAGAAUUGCAAACCAAAGUGUCCAAAAUUGGCAAAUUAAUUGUUACCAAUGUAUGGGGACCCGCUUGA